AUGGCUCUCCAAAGCUUUGGCAAGAGCGCGCUUCGCGUUACGAAGAACUACAGUAAGGGGUAUACACAUACCCAGAUCAAGGCUCGGAAUGCAACGUGCAACGAUCCGUGGCCGCCUUCGGGAAAGGAAAUGCAUGACCUCGCCCAGCUCUCAUACAACCAAAGCGACUUCGUCGAAAUCAUGGAGGUGCUCGACAAGACGUUGAAUGAUAAGGGCAAGAAUUGGAGGCACAUCUUUAAAUCCCUUAUCGUGCUCGACUACCUCCUUCACGCCGGCUCUGAAAACGUUAUCGUCUACUGCGAAGAGAACCUCUACGUGAUCAAGACCCUCCGCGAGUUCCAGCACGUCUCUGAAGAUGACAAGGACGAGGGCGCCAGCGUUCGCCAGAAGGCGAAGGACAUCACCAACCUCCUCGCCGACAAGCGCCAUCUCUUCCAGGAGCGCGUCGCCCGCGCGCGCAUGUACAACCGUAUGGCCGACCGCCAGUCCACGGAUACCGAAUCAGACCCGGACUCGAACCCGGGGUUUUCCAAGCCCAGAAGGCGGCUGCCGAACGGGCUGGAAGAGAACGUGGUACGGGGGGACGAGGACGAGGAUAUGCGGCGGGCGAUUGAGGAAAGUAGGAGGAGCGCGGCGGAACGACAUGCAACGGCGGAGGACGCGGACUUGGCGCGUGCGAUCAAGCUCAGCGAGCAGGACGAGGCGCGGCGGCAUAAGGUCGUCGACCAGAACGCGGCCGCGCUGUUCGGUGAUGCCCAGCAGCAGCCCCCUCCCGUCCCUCAACUGGUCGGCGCGUCGCUCCCAGUGCAGUAUGCAGUGACCGGGGUGCGGCCGCAGUACACAGCCGUGCCCCUCGUGCAACAGCUCACGGCCAUCCAGCCCCAGUUUCCCGCCUAUAACCCAUACGCGCAGCAGGCUCAGCAGGAAGCCACUGAGUAUAUGCGCCAACAGCAGCUCCUGCAACCACAGCGAACCGCAGCGCCUUUCCCCGUGCCGCCACCACCGACCCCACAGCCCUUGCGUCCACAGCCAACAGCGUUGGGCUCGAACAAUCCGUUCGUCGCAUCACCUGUUUCCCCCACAUCAACUCGAGGCCUAUCUUCCUCCCGCCCACGUUCGGACAGGCCAAUAUCUUUCAACCUGCCGGGCACGUACGAUCGCCCGGGGCGCGAGCACGCGACGUCGAUGGAGCGAGGCCGGGAGAGGGAAAAGCAGCGAGAGCGCGAGAUGCGGAGCCCGCCGCGGACGAGCACGGCCGUCUCGGAGCCUCCUCGUGCGCGGCGCGAGGCUCCCACGCUGGCGGACCUGUUCGCGGAUCGCGCGGAGGACGGCGUGGAUACGUUCGGAAACGCGGGGGAUUUGAGGUGA